AUGCUUCGGUGGCUUCGCAAUUUCCAAGUCGUAGCCCAAGCCAAAGGACUCUGGAGCUACUUCUCAGGAGGGGCCGAAAUCGCAGAAAAGCUAGACCCUAUUAACUACGGCUUCGGAACACCGACAUCUACAGCUGCACCUAACAAUGUCGGAGGCUCCAAAGCCGCAGAAGAAUCCGAAGUCGUCAAGAAGAUCAAAAAGGAAAGAACCUCUAAGACUCGUUCCUCAGUACUUCCCGAUAAUAUACUCAACGGAAGCACCCAGGCCGAAGGCAGCAGGGACGCCGCCAAACCAGACAACGCCAGCUUCCGUCUCGCUAUGUAG